CGGGCGGCCGGGGCGGCUCCGGGGCUCGGGUCCUGUGGCGGCGCCUGCAGCGCGGAUCCCCCACUUCCCUCUCCCCGGGCCGGGCCUCAGGGGCGGACGAACCCUGGCGCGGGAGGAGGCGGCGGCCCGGCUCCGGUCCUGCGACCCCCGCACCGCGCCCCUCCUUCUCUCAGGGUGCCCCCCGAGGAGUCCCGGCCCGCCGCCGCGGCCCCGCCCCUGCCGCGAGGCCCCGCCCCCCGCGACCGGCGCUGGCCCCGCCCCCCGGCCCGGGCCGUCGAGCGUCCCAGCCGUGCGGCUCACGUCGCGCCGCGCCGGGGGGCGCCCAGCCGCGGCGCCAUGGCCUCGGAGUCGGUGAAGGUGGUGGUGCGCUGCCGCCCCAUGAAUCAGCGGGAGCGGGAGCUGAACUGCCAGCCCGUGGUGACGGUGGACUCCGCGCGCGGCCAGUGCUUCAUCCAGAACCCGGGCGCCGCCGACGAGCCCCCCAAGCAGUUCACCUUCGACGGCGCCUACCACAUGGACCACUUCACCGAGCAGAUCUACAACGAGAUCGCCUACCCGCUGGUGGAGGGUGUCACUGAGGGCUACAAUGGCACCAUCUUCGCCUAUGGCCAGACGGGCAGCGGGAAGUCCUUCACCAUGCAGGGCCUGCCGGACCCGUCCUCGCAGAGAGGCAUCAUCCCCAGGGCCUUCGAGCACGUUUUUGAGAGCGUCCAGUGUGCAGAGAAUACCAAGUUCCUGGUCCGGGCCUCCUACCUGGAGAUCUACAAUGAAGAUGUCCGUGACCUGCUGGGGGCCGAGAGCAAGCAGAAACUGGAGCUGAAGGAGCACCCGGAGAAGGGGGUGUACGUGAAGGGGCUCUCCAUGCACACGGUGCACAACAUGGCCCAGUGUGAGCGCAUCAUGGAGGCGGGCUGGAAGAACCGCUCGGUGGGCUACACGCUGAUGAACAAGGACUCCUCGCGCUCCCACUCCAUUUUCACCAUCAGCAUCGAGAUCUACGCUGUGGGUGAGAGCGCUCAGUGCCUGGUGGCUAAGUGCCCUCCCCCUCUGCCCGGUCCGUCUGCAGACGAGCGGGGCAAGGACCACCUCCGGGCAGGCAAGCUGAACCUGGUGGACCUGGCGGGCAGCGAGCGGCAGUCCAAGACGGGUGCCACGGGGGAGCGGCUCAAGGAGGCCACCAAGAUCAACCUGUCGCUGUCGGCGCUGGGCAACGUCAUCUCGGCCUUGGUGGAUGGGCGCUGUAAACACAUCCCCUACCGGGACUCGAAGCUGACUCGGCUGCUGCAGGACUCGCUGGGGGGCAACACGAAGACGCUGAUGGUGGCCUGCCUGUCACCUGCAGACAACAACUACGACGAGACGCUCAGCACGCUGCGCUACGCCAACCGGGCCAAGAACAUCAGGAACAAGCCACGCAUCAACGAGGACCCCAAGGAUGCCCUCCUGCGCGAGUACCAGCAGGAGAUCAAGAAGCUCAAGGCGAUUCUGGCCCAGCAGAUGAGCCCCGACAACCUGUCAGCCCUGCUGUCCAGUCAGGUGCCCCUAAACCCUGUCCAGAUUGAGGAGAAGCUGGUGCCCCCAUCUGUGAUCCAGCCUGACACAGAGGCCGAGAAGCAGCUGAUUCGGGAGGAGUACGAGGAACGCCUGGCCCGGCUGAGGGCCGACUACGAGGCGGAGCAGGAGUCCAGGGCCCGGCUGGAGGAGGACAUCACUGCCAUGCGCAACUCGUAUGACGUGAAGCUGUCCGCACUGGAGGAAAACCUGCGAAAGGAGACAGAGGCUGUCCUGAAGGCGGGGGUCCUCAAGGCCCAGGGCACGUCCAGGGCUGAGUUUGCCAACAUGUCUGAGGACUCACCCACGUUCCACUACGAGACGGCCGUGAAACCCGAGGUCUACUCCCUGCCGCGCACUCUGCCCGGCGAGUGCGUCUCCAGGACUGAGGUUUCUCCCAGCUUCGAGGAGCUGCCCGAGGUGGAGACCUCCAAGUCUGACAUGUCCCUGGGGUCUGACAAGUCUUUCGCACUCAAAGAAACCUCCGUGUCCGAGGCCUUCCUGGGGCCUCGGGAGCCCUCCGACCUGGAGUUCUUCAUGCCCGAGGUGGAGGCCAAGGGCAGAUAUUCCCCAGACGAGUAUCUCAGCCAGGAGGCCGCGGGGCCCCUGCUGCAGGAGGGGUGCGUCCCCGAGGAAGAGGAACCACAGCGGAUCGCCCUGGAGCUGUUACCAGGCCUGCACGACCCGUUUGCCGAGGUGGAAGCCAAGCUGGCCAGGCUGUCCUCCGCCGUGGUGGCAGCCGAGGUGCCCCUGGCAGACGUACCCAAGGUCCCCGCACAGCACCCCUCCCUGACGGAUCUGCUGGGGCCCGGGCAUGGUGACAUUAGGUCUGAAGCUGAGACAGCUGACUACCUCCUGCUCAAGACUGAAGCACAAAAGGCCACAGGGAGUGAGGGGAAGGCUUUAAGUCUGCCCACAUGUGUGGAGAGAGAAAGCUAUCUGCCAGCCUCUGGACAGGAUCACUGGGAGGUUGACCAGGGUCCAGAAAUGGCCGAGGAGGUGGUGUCGGCAGCAGAGCCUGGCGUAGGGGCCGAGGCUGAGGCCUGGGGGGCCUUGGAGGCUCAGCCUCAGCCCUCGCUGGUCAUGACGAGCGUGAGAAGGGACAGUGUGGGCAUGGAGGUGGCGGUGCUGACCGACGACCUGCUGCCCGCCGUGGACCAGCAGCAGGUGCUUGCCCGUCUGCAGCUGUUGGAGCAGCAGGUGGUCGGCGGGGAGCAGGCCAAGAACAAGGACCUGAAGGAGAGGCACAAGCGGAGGAAGCGGUACGCGGACGAGCGCAAAAGGCAGCUGGUGGCAGCCUUGCAGAACUCGGAUGAGGACGGCGGGGACUGGGUGCUGCUCAACGUCUACGACUCCAUCCAGGAGGAGGCGCGCGCCAAGAGCAAGCUGCUGGAGAAAAUACAGAGGAAGCUUCGGGCGGCGGAGGUGGAAAUCAAGGACCUGCAGUCGGAGUUCGAGCUGGAAAAGAUCGAUUACCUGGCCACCAUCCGCCGGCAGGAGCGGGACUCCAUGCUCCUCCAGCAGCUCCUGGAGCAGGUGCAGCCUCUCAUCCGCCGCGACUGCAACUACAGCAACCUGGAGAAGAUCCGGCGCGAGUCCUGCUGGGAUGAGGACAACGGCUUCUGGAAGAUCCCUGAGCCCGUCAUCGUAAAAACCAGCCUCCCAGUAGCAGUUCCAACAGGGCCACAGAACAAGGUUGUCCGCAAAACCUCUGCCGCAGACAACGGUGAAGCAGGCAUGGAGGAAGACCGCUACAAGCUGAUGCUCAGUCGCAGCGACAGUGAAAACAUCGCCAGUAACUACUUCCGGUCCAAGCGAGCCAGCCAGAUCCUCAGCACGGAUCUCAUGAAGAGCCUCGCGCAUCACAGCUCUCCCCCCGGCCUCAGCUCCCCACUCAACACCACCGCGGCCAUCGUGCCCACCCAGGCCCCCGAAAUGCCCCAGCCCCGGCCCUUCCGCCUCGAGUCCCUCGACAUCCCCUUCACCAAGGUCAAGCGCAAGAAAAGCAAAAGCAGCUUCGGCAGUGAGCCUCUGUGAACUUGGCCUCCUGCUGCUGCCCUGCCUUUGAGCUUCCUGGAGACUGCCAGGCCCUCCCAGGGCAGCCCCAGCCGGGCCUCCUCCCACCUGCCCCCAUGGUGUCCGGGAGCCCAGGGGGCCCCUUGCCCUGGGAAGAGCUUUCCCUUCCCUGUUACCCAGAGAGCCUCCUCUGCCCAGACCAUCAGCGCUUGGGAGGCUGGGCCACCCCCGCAGAGGUGCGCUCGGGCUGUCCACGCCUCGCCAGUGUUCCACCUGCCACAGCCUGCCAGUGUUCCUCCGUGCCUCGAUGGGCUCAGAAACCUCAAGGCUUUCACCAGCAGCCCCGACAGAGUGGGGAGCCACUUCCGCAUGGAUCAAGGACAGUGUGUUGGAGAUGGACGAUGGUGCCUCCUCCCCUUGCCUUCCUGGGGGGAAGCUGGGCAGCAUGGGCACGGGAGUCCUGGGGCAGCUGUGCCACGUUGCCCUCUCCCGGCCGGUCUGUGGCCUAGAGGACGCUGCCCCGCAUGAAGCUGCCCCAAUAAACUGCCUUUUACCGAUGA